AAUGGCUGGAGCUGUGCUGAUUCAGAGCCAGGAGCUUUUUCUGGGUCUCCCACAUGGGUGCAGGGGCCCAAGGACUUGGGCCAUCUUCCACCGCUGUUCCAGGCCAUAGCAGAGAGCGAGAUAAGAAGUAGAGCAACCAGGACUUGAACCAGCACUCAUAUGCCUUGCAUUCACAGGACACUGCUAUCUUCAAGAGAGAAACCAAGAGAAAGCAGAAUGGCUGUUGAGCUAGUGAAAACCAUGCCUCAGGACUUGUUGACAUUCAAGGAUGUGGCAAUAUGCUUUUCCCAAGAGGAAUGGGAAUGGCUGAACCCUGCUCAGAGGCAUUUAUACAGCAGUGUGAUGUUGGAGAACUAUCAGAACCUGGUAUCACUGGGAGUUUGCAUUUCUAAGCCAUUUAUGAUCUCCUUAUUGGAGCAAGGGAAAGAGCCUUGGAAGAUGAAAAGUGAGAUGACAAGAACCUCAUUAUCUGAUGGAGAACCUCUGCAUGAGACACAAGGGUCAUCUCUGAAGCAGUUCAUGUAUGAUGCUAUGUUAAUGGAAGAGAUUACCAGCUUUGGGCUUGAGUGUUCCACUUAUGGAAGAAAUGAGAAAUGUAAAGACCUUUUUGGAAGGCAGAUUGGAGAUCAACAGACAAUUAGCAGGCAAGAAGUAGUCACUCAUAAAGAAGUCUUCACGAAGGAAACAGUCCGCAAGUACACCAGAUCUCGGAAAUUUGUCCAUAUGGACGAUAUAGAAGACAGUGUUUACAAUCACAAGUCAAAUAAGAGAGGCUUUUCCAAAAACUCCAAGGUACUAAAAUACAAGAAAGUCUAUGCGGGAAAGAAACUGUUUAAAUGUAUUGAAUGUGAGAAAACCUUCACCCACAGCUCAUCCGUUACUGUUCAUCAGAGGAUUCAUACUGGUGAAAAACCAUAUGAAUGUAAGGAAUGUGGAAAAGCCUUCAAACAAAGUCAUCACCUUGCUCAACACUGCAGAACACACACUGGAGAGAAACUGUUUAAAUGUAAGGAAUGUGGGAAAGCCUUCAGGCAACCAGCACACCUCGUUCAGCAUCAGAAGAUUCACACUGAAGAGAAACCCUAUGAGUGUAAGGAAUGUGGAAAAGCUUUCAGAGACAGCUCAUCCUUUGCUCAACAUCAGAGAUGUCACGCUGGCAAACUACCCUAUGAAUGUAGUGAGUGUGGGAAAGCCUUCAGAUACAACAUGCCCCUUAUCUCCCAUAUUAGGCGUUUCCACACUGGAGAGAAACCUUUUGAUUGCAUUGAUUGUGGGAAGGCCUUCAAAUGUAAUGUGUGUGGAAAGUCUUCCCGCAGUGGUUUUUCCAUGACCGUACAUCAGAGAAUUCACACAGGAGAGAAACCUUAUGAAUGUGAUGUUUGUGGGAAAGCCUUUAGCCAUCGUAUGUCCCUCAUUGGUCAUCAAAGAGUACAUUCUGGGGAGAAACCUUAUGAAUGUAAGGUAUGUGGGAAAGCCUUUAGGCAAAGUACACAUCUUGCUAUUCAUUUGAGAAUUCAUACUGGUGAAAAACCCUAUGAGUGUAAGGAAUGUGGAAAAGCUUUUAGAGACAGUUCCCAGCUGGCUGCUCAUCAGAGAAUUCAUACUGGAGAGAAACCUUAUGAAUGUAAGCAGUGUGGGAAGGCUUUCAGACAGAGGGCGUAUCUUGUAAAUCAUGAGAAAAUUCAUACAGGCGAGAAGCCGUAUGAGUGUGAGCAGUGUGGUAAAGCCUUCAGCCAUACUGCCAGCCUCAUAAGGCAUAAGAGAAUUCAUACUGGAGAGAAACCCUAUAAGUGUGCUGAAUGUGGGAAGGCUUUUGCUGACACAUCUACCCGCGCUCAGCAUCAAAGACUUCAUACUGGUGAAAAGCCCUAUAUAUGUGUUAAAUGUGGAAAGGCAUUUAGAACAAAUACACAUCUUAAUUGUCAUCAAAGAUGUCAUACUAGAAAGAAACCUUAAAUGUAAUGCUCAUAGCAAAGCCUUUAACCAUUGUUAGUCCUUUACUGAAAAACCGUUUGACUAUUAGGAACAUCUUCAACCAGAUUGGACACUUUAUGUGGAAGAUUUUACACUGGCGAGAGAUCUUAGUGAGUGGAAGGAAUGUGGAAAAGUCUUUAGAAGAAGCACUCACAUUGUUCAUUGUUAGUUCGUGUUAUCUUCUGAGGCGUCUGUUUCUUUCCUACUACCCACUCCUGUGGAUGUAUCUACUAAAUAUUCGUGGAAUUCACCUGCUGCUUUUGAUUCCAUUGGCCUUGUCCAAAAGAUAUUCAUUUCACUAUCCCAGUCAACUGUAACUGUUCUGUCACACCUUCUUUUUUCCCUUUUCAAGUUCAUUUUUCACAUUAGAACCACAGUGAUCUUUUAAAAAUAUGAGUAGUUCUAUUACUUUCAAAACUCUUGUUGCUAAAUUUUAAAACUCUUUGAUGCACAUAAAGUGUUUAGCACCAUGACUGUUAUUGUCUUUAGGUGGAGAGCACCCCUCUAGUAAUUAGGAAAGACAUCUGCACACAGCACACCUGGAGGCCACAAAUUCAGAGUUCAGGGAAUACAUGGAGAUAGCAAGGGACAUAUGGGCAAAUGCACUAGGGUAUUAUCCACAGAUUUCCCUGUUGAUUUCCAGGAGCUAAUACUGUGACUGAAAAGUCACUGUGGCAUAUUUCCACAGGCCACUUAGGCCACUUUAAAUCUGUGCGCAAACUCCUUGAGCGCUCUCUUUAAAGGAGGUAGUAGAAAGUUGAUAGCCCAGUCUGCUAAGUGAGAAAGAUGUUUCUAAGUUUGUAUCUCUGGGCCAGCACCAUGGCUUGCUUUGCUAAUCCUCUGCCUGUGGUGCCGGCACCCCAUGUUCUAGUCCUGGUUGGGGUGCCAGAUUCUGUCCUGGUUGCUCUUCUUCCACUACAGCUCUCUGCUGUGGCCUGGGAGUGCAGUGGAGGAUGGCCCAAGUGCUUGCGCCCUGUACCCACAUGGGAGACCAGGAGGAGGCACCUGACUCCUGGCUUCGGAUUGGUGCAGCACCAGCCAUAGCGGCCAUUAGGGGAGUAAACCAACAGAAGGAAGACCUUUCUCUCUGCCUCUCUCUCACUGUCUUAACUCUACCUGUCAAAAAAAAAAGUCUAAGUUUGUAUCUCUGGCCACUAGCCUGACUUAUCUGGGUAUGUAUAGAAUUGGAAAGUGUUAAGUAUGAGCCUUGAUUCUGAUAGGGAAAAGUUAAAACGUCUACUUAAAAUGCUGAGACAAUAUAAAAUUCUAAGAAUUCACUGUUUCAUACUGAAUGCUUGACAGAUGUGAAGAUCAUGGUUCUUCAGAGUAUUUAAAAUUUAUUUUUAAACAGUGAACUCUAGAAAGCAGUGUAUCUAUACUAGGGGUUUUGGAAUUGAACAUCUUAAGGUGGAUGAUGAUUAGCACAUAUGAUAUGUUUAAACUUUAAUAUAACAAUGUAGUGGCUUUCUCAUGACUAAUGCUUUUUUCCCUUGUUGAUGAGGAAAUCUGACCUGAUACAUAGAGCAUGAUUUGAGAUGUGGCCAGAACUCUGGCCAUGACUGAAUUUUCUGGGAAGAAUAGAUGCAUAAUUAUUUAGUCAAGGCAAACAGAAAUUACCACUAUUUAACUAAAGAAAUAGAGAACUUGAGUGGUGUAUUCCUAUUUCAGGACCUACGUUCACAGAUUUUAAAUUCCAAGGAUCCAUUAUGUUGUUGUGGAAUAUAGAACAAAGAUUAAAGUGUCCUAGUAUCAAACUGAGGAAAAUAAAAUUACAGAUGAAUAUACUCAGGAUUUUAUAUAUAGUAAAGAAAUAAUUAACCUUUAUGGACAGAAUAGAACUUUUGAAUAAACAAAAUAAUUUAUUCCUGGAAGUUUGUUUCAAUAUUGUAAAGGUGUCGGUAAAUUUACUCAAUUCCAACUACAAUGUAAUUGCAAAAUAUGUUGACAUUUCUGAAAACCAUAUAGAAUGGUAGUUGGCAAGCAUAAUAAAAAAUUUUUAAAUGUCAUAUACCCAUGAGUUUAGUAUGUUACAAAAGUGACAUUUUCGAUGUGUUAGUGGGAAAGACAUAAUUAAAUGAUCUUUGACAAGUA